GAAACUUCGCAUUCAAGAAAGAGCUUCCGUACCAUUAACAUGUCAUCCAUCAUUUUUCUCAAAUCUGCUCUUGAGCUUUUAAAGCCGGAUUAUAGAAAAAAGUGCCAGAAAACCUGGAUGAACUUCAUAGAACAUACUGGAUGAAACAGCGCUCAGACAAGAAGGAAACCAAGUUCCUAGUUCCUAACGAUGGGCCAGUAAAUUUUGCAGCUGUUAUUGAUGAUUAUCUGAACGUGAUUAAAAGUAGCCUUGGUCAUUUCACGGGUCGAGUAUUUUUUAAGGGUACUCCUGCUGCAUAUGCUGACCAGCCUAUGGGGAAAAAUCUUGUAAGUAAAGUGCCAUGUGAAAUGGCAACAGUUCUUGGUCUAGAUAAUCCAGUAUCUUUUACAUUUCAUUCUCUACGUCGCUCGUCCGCCACAGCAGCAGCUGACAGCGGAGCAUCCGUUCAACAGCUUAUGGAUUUUUAUGGAUGGUCUAAUCCGAGCAUGCCUCAAGAAUAUGUAUCAUCAAGCAAAGCUUCUGUAAAAUCCAUGGCUGAUAAACUUCAAGGACCUUCUAAUCAAGUAGAAAAAACAUAGGUUAGCGAAGUCAGAAUAGA